CCUAAAAAAUGAUCAACUUUAUUUGAUAAAGUGAGAAAGAGCUUAAAAUACACUAUCUUCUUCAUUUCAGUUAGGUAUAUGUAAUUAUGUUCUUAGAUUGAAAGCGCAAUGUGGAAGAGAGCGUUAUUCCGGCAGCCAGUAUGGCGGAUGCUAUCAAGUCGAAGCUCCACCACCACCACCAACAGCAGCAGCUCCACCACCAUAUCUUCUGCCGUUGACUCCAUUCUGCUCCGUUCGCUUAAAGAGCACUAUCUCGAAGUUUCUCGAAUGAACCCUCCUCCUAGAGUGAGCCCUCCAUCAGGGUUUGUGAUAAUGAAAGGAGCAUUAGACGGAAAUGGCCCCGUUCUCACUCGAACUUACGGGGAGGAACAAAUUAAUAUAUCCGUUAUGAGGAUGGCGAAUGUUAUACCUGGAGGAGGGGAGGAUAAUGAUGAUGGUGAUGACAUUAAUCAAUUGUUCCUUCACGUCGAUGUCUCAAAGCCUGGACUCAAGAAAUCUUUGCAUUUUCUUUGCGGGUUGUAUCCUGAUGCGCUUGGAAUUCACUCUGUUUCAAUGAGGUCUAAGGUCGAGGUUUCGGAUCUUCCGUCUGAAUACAAUGGCCCCCUUUUCGAGGAACUUGACGAGAGGAUGAGAGAUGCGCUCCACAAUUACAUAGAAGAACGAGGAGUCAAUGAGAGUCUGUUCAAUUUUCUUCAAGCGUGGCUGUACGUGAAGGAGCACCGGAGUCUUAUGCGUUGGUUUAAGACGGCAGGCACGUUCAUUAAUGAGAAGAAAAGUUCUUAAUAGUGUAUUAAUGUUGAUGUGUAAAAGAAAGAUUCAUGUGAUAGCCAAAAUGCUGAAGUGGUCUGAAGUUAGUGGUGUAUGAGCAGUUGGUGAGAGGUUAGUAGUUUAGGCUAAAAGAUUAUAGAGUUAAAAAGUUUACAAAAUCAUGCAUGCAGAUCUUGUUUUAAAUUGCUAGAUUUAAAAAUUUUGUUGAAUUGUCCCAUUAUCUAGUUGACAAUUUUAUGCAGGUUCUCUUGA